ACCUCAACCAGCAGAAUCCAUCCAUCCAUCUAGCAGUAGCAGCUGCCCGCCGGCGGCGAGCUGCAUGCUGCUAGAUCCAUCAUCUAAUAUAUAGACGGCCGGUGAGAUGACAAUACUACUAAUGGAACAGCAGGCGGCGGCGCCGCUGCUGGUGAAGAGGCGGCGGAGCGGCAGCAGCGCGGCGGUGGCCACCUGCAGCUGCAGCAGAUUAAUAACAUACGCGGCGGCGGCGGAGGCUUGGGAGGUUUUCCUCGUCGAGGCGGAGCGGCUGUGGGUGAUGGCGGCGCCCAUCACCUUCAACAUCCUGUGCCUCUACGGCAUCAACUCCGCCACGCAGCUCUUCGCGGGCCGCCUGGGCAACCUGGAGCUGUCGGCGGCCGCCGUGGGCCUCUCCGUCGUCUCCACCUUCUCCUUCGGCUUCCUCCUCGGGAUGGCCAGCGCGCUGGAGACGCUGUGCGGGCAGGCCUACGGCGCGGGGCACCUCCACCUGCUAGGCGUCUACGCGCAGCGCUCCGUCGUCAUCCUCGCCGCGUCCGCGCUCCUCCUCUCGCCGCUCUACCUCCUGGCGGCGCCCAUCCUGCGCGCGCUGGGGCAGGACGAGGCGGUUGCCGCGGCGGCGGGGGACUUCACGCUGCGCACGCUCCCGCAGCUCCUGUCGCUGCCGCUGGCGUUCCCGACGCAGAAGCUCCUGCAGGCGCAGGGCGAGGUCGGGGCGCUGGCGUGGAUCGGCGCCGCCGCGCUGGCCGCGCACGUCGCCAUGCUGGCGCUCUUCGUCCCCGUCCUCGGGUGGGGACUCCGCGGGGCCGCCGCCGCCUACGACGUCACGUCGUGGGUCGUCGCGCUGGCGCAGGUGGCCUACGUGACGCGGCGAUGCAGGGGAAGAGGGUGGGACGGCCUCUCGUGGGACGCGCUCCGGGGGCUCUGGCCGUUCGCCAGGCUCUCCCUCGCCUCCGCCGUCAUGCUCUGCCUCGAGGUCUGGUACAUGACGGUGCUCGUCGUCCUCACCGGCCGACUCGACGACGCCGAGAUCGCCGUGGGAUCCGUGUCCAUAUGCUUGAACGUCAACGGCUGGGAGGCGAUGCUCUUCAUCGGUCUGAACGCGGCGAUCAGCGUGCGCGUGUCCAACGAGCUGGGGUCCGGCCGGGCUCGCGCCGCCAAGCACGCGGUGGCGGCGGUGGUGGCGCAGUCGCUGGCCAUGGGGCUGGUGGCCAUGGCGCUGGUGCUGGCGUACCGCAACAGCUUCGCGGUGCUCUUCACGGGCGACCGGGACAUGCAGGCGGCCGUGGGGAAAGUGGCGCACCUGCUGGCGGCCACCAUGGUGCUCAACAGCGUGCAGCCGGUGAUCUCCGGGGUGGCCAUCGGCGGCGGCUGGCAGGCGCUGGUGGCCUACAUCAACCUCGGCUGCUACUACGCCCUGGGUUUGCCGCUCGGCUUCUGCCUGGGCUACCUCCUCCGGUUGGGCGCUCCGGGGAUCUGGGCCGGCAUGCUCUGCGGGACUGCGCUGCAGACGGCUAUCCUGCUGCUCCUCAUCUGGAGGACCGACUGGGAAGCCGAGGCUGCGCUGGCCAAGGAACGGAUCAGCGCGUGGAGUGGGGAAUGCCGCCAUGUCGAUGUCGUCAAGCAGCAGCAGGGGGAUACCGGCAGCGACAGCGACCUCAAGGCUAAUUUGCGAGUGUGACAUGCAUGCCAUGCCACAUGUACGAGCAGAGAGAGCAGGGAGGGACUUGCAUUAUUGGGCGUCCCGUACGUACGUGCUGGCACUGGCACGGCCUGCUCCUCUCUCUGCAUGCUUCGUGUGUGACCUCCACACCACACACGAGGAAACGUCGGCACAGGCAUGGCCGGCUAUGGCACAUCUGCACACGUCUUUCUACUCUACUGUACUGUGCGUUUUGGGAUUUGACAAUCGGGUUUGGAUCUAGCAUUCUAGCUAGCAGUGCUCAGUCCAUGGAUCUGUGUCUUGUGCAAGGUUAGGCCCCCAAACAGUUUGUAACUGUUCGAUCAGCACGUUAGCUGAUACAUGCAUGUGAUUCACAUAGCAAAAACAAAUUCAUGAAUGCAAUAUAUAUAUAGCAAAAAAGAUCAUAUCACCAAAAAGAAAGAAAAUAUUUUUCUAUUUCCGAUUGCAACGGUCAGAUUAUUGUAAUUUUUUUUCGCAAAGGUUGAUCACACUAAAGAAUCGUGGACGAUGAUUGUAGUAACAUGCAUGUCAACGAAAAGAGCAAGAUGAAACUAAA